AAAGCGUUCCUCUUCAAAUGUAAUCAGUAGUACUUACAUCGGUAUUAUUAACAUAACAAAUAUAGAUGUAUUAAUGGUAAAUAAUUGAACAAAAAUAAUGGAUCUAGAUUUAGUAUGUGAAGAAACUGAUUUGGAUUCAUUGCAACCAUACCCUUCUGGUGCUCCUUCUACUCCAAAUUCGAACAGAUCAUCUCCAGCCAAUGGCAAUGACGAAGCCACUUUUCAAACACAAUUAUUUUUACAAGGAUCUUCUGAAAAUGGAGACACUUUUUCGGGGCUUAUGGCAGGAGUGGAAAGUAAAUCAAAUAAUUCGAAACGAGGUCCGGGAAGGCCUAGGAAAGAUUUGCCUCAACAUAAGGGCAAUGUGAAGCGAAAAAAUUUUGGGGACCAUAUACAAUGUAGUGAUCGUACUAAUCUUUCUAUCGCACCAAUGUCUUCAUCCGAAAGUUCUAAUACUGGAUAUCCUGAAGAUAAAACAAUAACAAAUAUGGAUGAAAUUUCAAAUAUUGAAUAUCCUGGGAAAAUAUGUUGUCUAUGUAAUCUUGAUGAAAGAAGUGCUUUGGGGCAGGGGGACUUUUUAAGAUGGGAGGUGGAUCCCAUUAACUGUGAAAAGGCUAUUCAAUAUUACAUGGAAACAAAUUCUAAAAACGAUGAAACCUUAAGGCAUACCACUAUAGACCAAGUUUCAUUCCGUCGACAAAAAAAUAAUUGCAGAGGAAAAAUGUCUCAAAAUAAUUGCAUCAACGAACUAGAUAAAAUAGGGCAUUCGGAAAAAAUGUCCCUUAAUACAAUUUUAGAUGGUUCUUAUGUUUAUUCGCACCGUAUGUGCCUUAUGUGGUCGCAAGGCGUAUACGGAAAAACUAACGAAAUCAAGGCGAACAUAGAGUUCAUAAUUGCUAAAAGUCUCUCACAAAAAUGCUCAUUCUGUGGACAGUAUGGAGCAAGUAUCACAUGUAAAAUGAGUUGCACAAAAGUUUUUCAUUUGCCGUGCGCUGCAGCAUCGGCUAGCUUUCAAAUCAUGGAUAAUUUUAUGGUUUUUUGCUUGGAUCACAUUGAACAAGUAAUGGUUAUAUGUCCAGAUGCUAAUAUCACGUGCCAAAACUGUUCCUCCAUGGAUAAUAUGGCAAAAAUGAUCAUGUGCGCCACUUGCGGUGACCAUUUUCAUACCAAUUGUGUUGGUUUAAUAAAUACUCCAGAAACUCGGGCGGGUUGGAAUUGCCCCAAUUGUCGGAAAUGUCAGAUAUGUAGAGAGAGUGACGGUACUGAAGGACGUUUCAUUAAAUGUGAACAGUGCCAGCGAUUAUACCAUAAUACCUGUUUACGACCCGCGAUCUCUUCUUUGCCAAAAUAUGGCUGGAAGUGCAAUCGUUGCCGGGUUUGUACUGACUGUGGUUCAAGAACUCCUGGGGGUGGAACUUCAUCGCGAUGGCACUGUCAUUACACAAUUUGUGAUUCGUGUUACCAGCAACGUAAUAAAGGGUUUUCUUGUCCUAUUUGUCACAAAGCUUAUAGAGCUUCUGCCCACAAGGAAAUGGUUAAAUGUAAUUUUUGUCAUAGAUUUGUACAUAGUACAUGUGACGAAGAUGCCGACUUGAUUACUUAUCAUAAAAAGAAAGAAAAUAAUCCUGAUUAUGAUUAUAUAUGUCCACAAUGUAAGUUAUUGCCAAUGAGCGAGAAGAUUAUACCAAAUCAAUGUAAUUCAAAUCGCUCCGGAGAAGGAAUUACAUUGCCUCAAGGAAUAGAUGACAAUUUUAUUAAGGAAAUGG